AUGUAUGUCGCCGCUGAUUCUCGACUUUCAGCGGCGACAGCAGAUGUCGUCGCUGAAAGUGUGACUUUCUGCGGUGACAUGUACUUGUCGCCGUUGAAAAAGGCACCGCCACCAUCAUCAACAUCAACAACCAAAGUAAGCUUGAAGCUUUACAUUGAUACAAAAACGCAAACAGUUGUUUUCGCAGAUGCAUCGAAGGGUUUUGUAAACAUGCUCAUCGAUCUACAUCGCUCACCGGUUUCGUCGCUCGUAAACAAGAAUGACACGGCCGGUUGCGUUAGGAAAUUCUAUGAAAGCAUAAAGAAUUUCAACAAAGAUGCUGCUAAUUACAUGUUGAAUCAAGAUAACAAGGAUAAGGAAACCAAGCAGAAGCCUAAAAAGCAAGUAUACAAGUGCGACAUUUGGUGCCAAAACUAUAUGACGAUUGUUAACUUUACAUGUCCAUUGUGUUUGAAUCCAAUGUCUUUAGAUGUUGACAAUGAUGAAAAAAAUGAUGCUGUUGAGAUCACAGAAGCUUUGAAAGGAGAUGUGACGAACUACACAGUGAUGGAUAAUUUAGAAGUUUUCCCAAUGCCUGUCAAUGCAACCCUCACUUUGCUGUCUAAAUUUGACAUCAAAGAUAUUGCUUCCUUGAAAGAAAGGGUCGUUGAGUUGGGCAGAGAAGAGCUGUGGUAUCGAACUAUUGAAGGCGUCCCUUCUGUGCAAGAAUGUGUUGACAAGUGUUUUCCUCAACGAUAUGAAUAA